AAAAAAGUAAAGAAACAAGUAUUUUUCUUUCUUUCCUUUUCUUUCGUUCUUAACAUUCUUACCUGUCUUUGCUGUCUGCUUUUUUGAUUGCCAUUUAUCAGUUACAAGUUAUGAAACAAAUGAGUCUCUUCUGCAGAUCAUCAGUGUUACCUGAUGGUGGUUACCAGAUUCAGUUUGAUUCGUAAAUUCAGGUGUUAAAUUAGGGCCUAAAAAGAGAGGAGAAAGAGGAAAGAAAGUGAUUUUAGUGAAAAGUUGUUCCUUUUCAAAGGGUGGUUAAGAUUUGGAGGAUUUGGAGAAAGAAAGAAACAUAAAGAGAGGGAAUAAAGAAAGAUAGAUUGGAGGAGGAGGUAGACUGGCUAAAAAAGAGAGUGAAGGAAAGAGAAAGAAGGAGGAUUUUGAGAGAUAAAGAGAAAGAGAAAGCGGCAAGAUAGAAAGACUGAGGGAAAAAGAGAGAGAGAAAGAGAGAGGCAGAGAGUAAUGGAUAACCUUUAUAAGACCUGACUUGUUAAGAUCGUCUUUUAGAUUCUCAUUCCUUCCUUCCAAGACAACAACAACACAUGUAAACCUGUAAACAAUCAAAAGCAACAACACAUUAAUAGGAUUGAAACAUUUCUUCUACAUAUUUACAUAAUCACAUUUUUGUAACAUUAUUUUACCUUUUCUUACCUUUUCUACAAAACACCUCAACUCUUUUUUUUGUUUUUACCCCAACAAAAACAAUUGUAAACAACUAAUGUUAUGUUAUUUUGUAUUAUAAACAUAUAAAACACACAAAAAAACAUUUCUUUUUUUGCCGUGCCAAAAAUGGACUUAGUGUGUAGUGAAAAUUGUGACACAAGUAAUUUAUUAUCCAAAAAAUGUAUCACAAUUCAUGAUCCUGUGAUCCAUGAUGAUGAACGUGUUCUUCAGAAUCUACUUCUUACCCAGAAUCGUUAUGUUAUCAAAACAUCGUACUUCAAAUGUUUGCAAACGGAUCUUGAUGUUUACAUGAGAGAGUUAGUUGCCAAUUGGAUGCUUGAGGUCUGUGAAGAGGAAAGAUGUGAAAAGGAUGUUUUCCCUUUAGCAAUGAACAUUAUGGAUCGAUUCCUAUCCCAAGUCCGAAUCCGAAAAAGUCAAUUACAGUUGUUGGGAGCUGUGUCAUUAUUCCUUUCAUCCAAAGUUAAACAAAUUGAGCCUCUCCGUGUAAAUCGGCUCAUCCUUUAUUCUGAUUAUUCAAUUACCAGGGAUCAAUUAUCGAAUUGGGAACUUCUAGUUUUGAGUCAUUUAAAAUGGGAUACAAGUGCUGUUACUCCCAAUGAUUUUCUCAAUCUGAUUCUUCGCCGAUUACCUACCAAAGGAAAGGAUAAAUUGAUGACGAUAAAAAAACACGCACAAACUUUUAUCGCACUAUGUGCCACAGAUUUUCGUUUCUCUAUGUUACCACCUUCUUCCGUUGCUGCCUCAUGCAUUGCCACUGCCAUUCUUGGUUUGACCAGGAACAAUUCGCAAUCAACCAAAGAUUUGCUCGCCACACUCUGUAAAUUAACCAACCUUGAGAGUACUGAUCUGCUGGAGAUCCGUAGAACCAUUGAAGAGGUUCUGAAAGCUCAGUAAAUUGUUUGAAUCACAUUAAGAAUACUCGAUUUAUUAAAAUAAUGUGCAUUCAAAAGAUGUAAAUCUAUCUGGAUACGCUUGUGUGUUUCGAGCUUCUAUUCCAGCGAACGUCUAUUGUUAAGUUUCGACCGUUAUUUGGAUUCUUGUUGAUGAACCAAAAAGACAGACAAAGAUUACCCGAACGAAAGAAAAGAAACAAUUUCUUUCGUUUUUCACAUUCUUAACUACUUCUGUUAUCUGCCUGUUUGAUUGCUAUUAUCAGUAAAACUAUGAAACAAACCACUCUCAUCUUCAGAGUCCUCAGUAUUGAUUCAUGGUGUGAAAUAAAAAAAUAUGAAAUAAAUAAAAUGUGAAAUAAAAUUGUGCUUUAAAAUUGUGAAAUAAUAAAAAAUAAAUACAGCCAAAUAAAUAACUCGUUAACAUGUACUUUCUUUCAUAAAAAUGCUGAAAUAUUGCAGUCCAAUUAAAGUCUUCCGCCUGAUA